AUAAUUUGAGGAAGUCGUUUCCACUCGGUGUAUGUUAAAUGUUUGGAAUAUUGUUUUAACUUUUUCCUUUACGCAAAGCGCUCAAAUGAAUAAGGAAUAGAAAGAGCCUCAUCUCGGCCCUCGAGGGUAGCGGUAGAUGUAAUCGUCCGAGGUGUACCGAGUAAGGAAUCUACUUUCGGUUUGUCCAGAUUACCAAUUACAUAAAAAAGGUUAUCACAUUAUAGAAAGGUGCAAAAAUGCCAGGCUCAGAGGUAGGAAGGCUGUCACGGGCGACCUUUGCCCUCAGUUGAUUUUGGUUUCCAGAGUCGCAGUUUGGAGCUGUCCGUGGUGUGACUAGAACUAGAGUGGGAUUCUCAGGGGGAACAACUCUAAAUCCUACUUAUCGCACCAUUGGGGAUCACACAGAAACUGUGGACCUGGACUUUGACCCUGAUAUCGUUUCCUAUGAAGAACUUCUAAACAAGUUUUGGAAAUGGCACAAUCCAUGUUCUCAACGUGGAACCCAGUACAUGUCGGCCAUCUUUUACCACAGCACCAAACAGAAACUGCUCGCUGAACAGACCAGAGAUGAACAACAAAAAAACCAUGUGUCUCCAAUUGUAACAAAAAUUGUUAAAGCUGGAACUUUUUAUGAUGCUGAAAACUACCACCAGAAGUACAUUCUCAGACAACACAGAGAUAUCUUGGACAGUCUGCACCUGACAGAUGAGGAAUUGAUUUCAUCAGCUCUUGCCUGCAAAUUGAAUGGAUAUCUCGGUGGCUAUGGAAACUUUGAGGAUUUCCUUAAGGACACAGAGGGUAUGACACUGACAAAGAAACAACUGAACUAUGUGGAACAGCAAUUGAAAAAGGCAUCAGAAUUCUAAAUGAAGGCAUCAGAAUUCUUACUGUAUUUUACCUCACUAUCUAACACACACAAACUCUAGAAGACAUGGACUUUUAAUUAUAAAUCCACUUGAUUUGAGAAAAUUUUCAUCACGUGAUGCUAUACUGUGAUAUUGUUAUUUAAGUGUAUUGAUUAUGCUUGUGAUGAAGAAAUUUACCUCUUUUUAAUGAAAUUUUCUUGAUUAAAGUUGUUUUCAACUUUCAAGAGAUGGAUGAUCCCAAGAUGUGAAUUUCUUCAGACAAACAUGAUUAAGGCAAUCAACACCAUUUUCCUUCUGUUAUUGUUGAAAAGCAAAUGAAUAAAAAAGAAGUUUUCCAAUUCAAA